UUGCUACUUAUUUAAGCUGAAAAUGAUAAAUUGAUAACCUAAAUUAAACUUUUUACUUUGUUUCUUUAUAGAAGUUCAACCAGCGUAAAAGAACUCGUCCGGCCAGUGGCUAUCAAUGCUCUAACUUUCCGUGCAAUUCGCAGGUAGUAGUACUUCAUAAUCAUGGAUUCAAGCAAUCAAACUCAGAAGAUUGUUAUAAAAGAAACAGAAGUGACUGAUUCCAAAGACAUAAUCAGCACAUUACAUGAAAGCACACUUGGUCAAAUCCUCUCUUUCCUUCCAACCAUAGAAGCAAUUCAAACUUGUGUGUUAUCUCAAAGGUGGAUUCAUGUUUGGAAAUCCAUCACCUCUCUAUGUUUCAGUGACAGUUUGCCUUGUUAUGGAAAGAUUCUGAAGAAAGAACAGUUUGUGAAUUUUGUGAACAAAGUACUUCUUCACCAUCUAGCAAAUUCAAGCAUCACUAACUUCUCUCUUUGUUUAACAAGAUAUAGCUAUGAUUCAAAACAAGUUAGUGAAUGGAUCUCCACUGUCUUAGAUAGAAGAAUCCAGAAGCUUCAUAUUCAGUAUGCUGGCAAAGUUCAAUUUUCGUCACAUUCCUUCUUUAAAUGUGACACUCUAGUACAAUUAGACCUUAAAGUUAGAUGCACUCUAAAUGUUCCAAUCUGUGCUUGUUUUCCGAAUCUUCGAAACCUUAACAUCUCCGGGGUCAGAUUAGAGAGCGAUUCAUGCAUUUUCUCAGAAGAUAUAGUACUUAAUUUCCCAGUUCUGAAAGUGUUUGAAGCUAGAGCAUGUGAGUGGUUAACUAUGCAGGGUAUUAGUAUUCAAGCACCUCUGCUUGAAAAGUUUUCCUUAGCACUUUGUUAUUCUUCUAUUUCUAAUGAAUCAUGUAAAUCCUCCAUCAAGAUCUUUGCUCCUUGUCUAAAAGAGUUCUCUUAUGAGGGUGAUCUUGAACUAGAUAUCAUUCUAUUGGAUUCAUCCUCAGUUUGUGAUGCUUCUGUCGUGAUUGUUGUUGAUGAAGACAAAAAAGACAUGAUGGAAAGUUUAGGGUUUCAAGCACAUAAGCUUCUCAGUCAAAUUCAUCAAGUGGAACUACUGAAGUUAUUAUUUUAUAAGGUUCUUAUGCAUUCCAAUGACAUAUUUACCCAUCUUCCUACCUUUGGAAGGCUGACAUAUCUUCAACUAAACGAGGUUACCGAUGAAGCCCUGUCGAAAUUACUCCACAACUCCCCAAUUCUUAACACUCUUGUUUUACUCAAUGGAGUAUCUCAUGACUCAAACAAAGAUGCAAUGUCUUAUGCAUCAUCAGUGCCUCAUUGCUUUCUUUCAAGCCUCAGAGUUUUUCAGUUUAAUGGAUUUAAUGUGCAUGAACACGAAAUUUCUCUUGUUAAGUUUGUGAUGGGUAAUGCAGCAGUGUUGGAGAGGAUGAUUAUAUCAGCAGCAUUUUGGCUACGCUAUUCAGAUAUUGAUAUGGAGAAAGUCAAGGAUAACAUUUUUUCAUUUCCAAAGUGUUGCAGCCGUGCCAUAAUAGAAUUUUCUGAUGUUAAUGGUUCCUCAACAUGUUCAGGACCCCUGUAAAAAUAGUAUAAGUAUAUAUGUUAUGAGUGGUUGAUUUGGUAA